CGCGAGGAAGCCGGCCUUGCGCGGCGCGAUUCCUUCUUUUCCCUUCCUGCUGUUUGGAAAGUGUCUCUUCUGCGUGGUCGGAAUGUAAAAAUAAUCGGUUGCCAAGCCGGAAGGCUUGUGGCCAAUAACCCUGAAAAACCAACCGCGCCCGCACAUUUCUUAACGCCUUUGGCAGCCGAGGUGUGAAGCCCCGAGUGAGAGAGGCCGCCCUGCGCGGACACCACAAAGUGGGCUGAUUCUGCAACGUCGGUCCGGACUUUAUGCACGCCGGUGAUGCUGGAUUGAGCUGGCCUUUGGCUUCCUGUCCACCUCUACAGUUCUGUCCUUUCUGCAGGAAUGGCCCUAUCUUUAGUGAGAUUGGGGAAUCGCUUCAAGGUGCAGAUCUUGGGUGUGGGGGCAGCAAUGGCAGCUUCCGGGCAGUUCCCUUCCACUGAGGUUCAGAACUGUGCCUGUCACGAACCUUGCAUCAAAGGAUGCUGCUCCACAGCCGGUUCUGAAGCAAGACCAACAGCAAUCUCACCCAGCUUCAGUACAUGGAACACGGAGGGACUACCAUCGUCCCUUUUGCUGUAAGCAGGAAAAUAUCUUAGGUUUUCUAUUUGAAGCAAGUGUCUGAAUGUGGGAGAGCACAGAAAAGCACAACGGUUCUGUCGCUCGCCAUCUGUUUCCGAGGCACUGUGGUUUAUACAGGGUCCCUCUUUCUGUUGGUUUCAGAUACUGCAUUAUCAACCUGUGCUGAAAGGCAGUUUAUAAAUCCUUGCAUUUAUUAAGAUUAUUAUUAUUAUUUGUUGAUUCUGUAGCACUGCUUGGGUGCAAGGCAUUUUGCAGAGCACAUGUGAAUGAAAUGCAUAAAUAACUUCUUGGUUCAGAUGUCAAAUGCAGAACUGGGAAUGAGGACCUUCAUAAUUAAUAUGAUUUCCAGUCUGGAAAGGGUUUGCUAUAUGAUGCACAAGCGCUCCCAAAGAAACAGCUUUCCUUCACAGGAUCAGGAAUGAAUCUUGAGCGUCUGGAUCUUGGAGGGAAUGGAAGAAGCAAGCUGCAAGGAAUAUCAGGAAUUGAUGAAGGACAGAAAAUCAAGUGCUGGGCCACUUCCGAGCAAAAUGUCGAUGGAUGUGACUUUCCUGGGCACUGGUGCUGCUUAUCCAUCUCCCACCAGAGGGGCCUCAGCUACGGUGGUCCGCUUCGAAGGAGAAUGCUGGCUGUUUGAUUGCGGUGAGGGGACACAGACCCAGUUCAUGAAAAGUAAUUUAAAAGCAGGAAGAAUUACCAAGAUCUUUAUAACUCAUCUGCAUGGGGACCAUUUCUUUGGCCUUCCUGGCCUUCUUUGUACCAUCAGUCUCCAAGGUUGCCCCAGCACAAACAAACUGCCAGUAGAUAUUUAUGGUCCACUUGGGCUCAGGAGUUUCCUGCAGAGAACAAUGGAACUUUCCCACUCACAACUUUCCUUUCCUUACAUUGUUCACGAAUUGGUGCCCACACCAGAACAAUGCCCUGCAGAAGAAUGGAAGGAACCAUCAUCUGUGGACACAGGGGAGGUCUCAUCUCCAGAGGCUCAUGGGAAAACGAUUUAUCUGGAUCCUGUAGAAGACUCAUACACCUUGGUGGACAAUAAACAGUUUCUAAUGAAGGCCUUCAGGUUAUUUCAUCGCAUACCUUCCUUUGGGUUUCUAGUGGAGGAGAAGCCACGAGCAGGCAAACUCAAUACGCAGAAGCUGAAGGAACUAGGAGUUCAGCCAGGCCCUUUGUAUGGUAAACUGAAAGAGGGAAUUGCCGUUGUCCUAGAAAAUGGAACCACCAUUUCUCCUUUGGAAGUCUUAGAAGACCCUCUUCCUGGAAGAAAGGUUUGUAUUUUAGGAGACUGUUCUGGUACUGUUGGAGGCGGAGCAGCGACGCUUUGCUACGAAGCUGACCUCUUGGUUCAUGAAGCCACCCUGGACGAUACGCAGGCAGACAAAGCCAGAGAGCAUGGCCACAGCACCCCAAAGGUGGCUGCUGAGUUUGCGAAACGGUGCCAAGUCAGGAGGCUGGUGCUGUCUCACUUCAGUCAGCGGUACAAACCAGCCGGUCAGAUUGGCGAAGGAGACGUGGAAGUCACGGAGCUCAAAAGACAAGCCGAGUCAGUGCUGGAUGGGCAAGAGGUGGUUUUGGCAGAGGAUUUUAUGACCUUAAGUGUUCCGAUGAGAAAACAAACAUAGUGCUGCUUGACUACAAAAGAGAUAAAUUUGUUGAUAGAGCAAAGUUGCAGCUGUAUUUUGUUUUCAAGGCCCAGGCCAAAGAGGCUCGAUUCAGGAUCCACUGGCCUUCCUCCUCCUCGUUUUUCCUCCCCGCCAGUCCCUAAAUCUAUGUAUAUACCACUUACCAAAUCUAAAGUUAACUCUGGGCAGCAAAACACAUCAUAAUAAAUAUAAAAGCUAAUUUAUUAAGAGAGUUCCCUAGACAUCAUCUGGGGGCACAGGAUAAUUCAGAAGCUCAGAUCUGGGGUUGGAAGUAGUGCUGUGUCUCCACUCGCUGCCACAACCAGCGUGGAAGGAACAGCAUCAGCAGCUGCCUCUCAAGUCAGGAAAUCAACUGCAGAGGGGGGUUCAGGGGCUGCUCCAGAGAGCAAGAAGGAAAGGGGAAUGGGGCCAGCAGAGGGUUUCCAGCCUCUUUCCCUCCCCCUCCACAGCACCUCAGGUAAGGAUAAGAGUCCAGAAAUGGCCAUCCAGCUGAACCCAGGGCAGGAGGCGCAGGAAGGCCGAAAUCACGUCCGCUGCUUACUCGGCACAAGAUGUGCAUAAACCUCUGAGUUAUGAGCGUCAAGGCCACAACCCAUUAGAUCGUGCUCUUAAAUAUUUAAAACUAAAUCUAAUAACACAAUUAAGCAUAAAUGACCUAAGUGAGCAGUCCAGUCCUUCAAGGAAGUUUGGUAAACUGACAGGCACCUAAAACACGCCACAAUCGGUGCCUCCUGGAUGAUUUUGGGCCCAUUUCAUAGCAUCUACUUCAACACACCUGUAAUUCCUUAGUAAUUUCAGGAAAGAUGCUUCAGGGGCUUUGGAAAAAUGGAUGCCUUCUACAUAGCAUUAACUCCAGGAUCUUAUUUAAGUAUGCACUCUUCCAUUUGGAAUUGAAGAUUUAUUGAAUUAAAGCUGAAAUCUAUUGCCCACUUACUUGGAACAGGAACCAGUAAAAUCAGCUGGGUGCACUUGUGGGCCCAUAUGUCUUGCUAAGCAAUUUGGUCUUUCAAUGCUAGAAUAAUAUUGUAUUAGGAGUGUGCAAAUGAUUGAAAAAUCAACAUAUUAGAUCCAUAUUGGAUGCAGUGGCUUUAUGUUACAUGUGGAUGAAUAAAGGAUUUAUAUAUUAUGCCAAAAAA